AUGGAUAACAAAGUGUUUUUUCUUUCCUUUCUUCAUCAUUUUUCUUUUCGUUUUCAUUCCUCCCUCACUUCUUUCUUUCUUUCUUUCUUUCUUUCUUUCUUUCUUUCUUUCUUUCUUUGUGAUGCGUGGUGUUUUUUCUUUUCUUCCUUCCUUCGCAUCCCUUCUUUCUUUCUUUCUUUCUUUCUUUCUUUCUUUCUUGGUUCUUUCUUUGUGGUACUUCAUCAUCAUUUCUCUUCUCGUUUUCCUUCCACCUUCACCCUUUCUUUUCUUUUCUUUUCUUUCUUUCUUUCUUUCUUUCUUUCUUUCUUUCUUUCUUUGUGGUACGUAGUGUUUUUUUCUUUGUCAUCAUUUCUCUUUUCGUUUUCUUUCCCCCUUCACUUCCUUCACUCUUUCUUUUCUUCCUACCUUCUUUCAUUGUUUCUAUCUUUCUUUGUGAUACAUAGUGUUUAUACUUUCCUUUCUUCAUCAUUUCUCGUUUUCCUUUCUCCCUCACUUCUUUCUUUUUUCUUUCUUUCUUUUCUUUCUUUGUGGUACGUGGUGUUCUUUCUUUGUUUUCCUCAUCAUUUCUCUUCUGGUUUUCCUUCAUUUCGUUCUUUCUUUCUUUUCUUCCUUCCUCCGUAUCUCUUCAUUCAUUCAUUCAUUUUCUUUCUUUCUUUCUUUCUUUCUUUCUUUCUUUCUUUCUUUCUUUCUUUCUUUGUGGUACGUGGUGUUUUUUCUUUGCUUUCCUCAUCAUUUCCCUUCUCUUUUUCCUUCCUUCCCCCAUAUAUUCAUUCUUUCUUUCCUUCUUCUUUUUUCUUUCUUUUUUUCUUGAUGAGAAGAAAAAAAUAG